CUUUAAUUCUGCUGCCACCGCCCCUCUUUCAAUAUGCAUCCUAGGAAAAAAUCACUUUGCCUCAAUACCUUUAGCGCAAAGCGGAAGACGUCACUUAUCUUCGUCAACUGACAAUGAAACCAGCAUGAUUAGUAGUAACAAAGAUAGUGGUAAUGAUAACGCAUUAAUAGAUCCAUAUAAACAGGCCGUGAAUCGUGAUAGACCAUGGUCAGCGAAUCAACGAGAUAGAAGAGAUGCAAUGAUUGGACCGCGCUUUGAGAAUACUGACUUAGAGGCACAGCCAAGACCAUUGGCAGCAAUUGAACUAAUUGAUCAGGAACCAAUUCAUUUCGUAGAGGGGCGUGUUGCAUCUUGUCAUGGAGGAGGCGGAGUCUUAGGACACCCAAGAGUCUAUAUAAAUUUG